AUGGAUUCCAGAGAUGCGCCGGAAGUACCGGGGAUUCGACAGCCUGCGAACGUCACGACGGACCUGAAGAUGAUCAUAUGCAAACUGCUGAACUCUCCCAAGCCCGCGAAGACAUUCCCGGGAUCGCAGCCAGUCUCAUUCCAGCACGUAGAUAUCGAGGAGAAGCUGCUGGCACAGGACUACUAUGUGUGUGAGAAAACGGAUGGGCUCCGGGCGUUGAUGUUGAUAAUCAUGAACCCAGUUACAAAGGAACAGGGCUGUUUCCUAAUCGAUCGCGAGAACAACUACUACCUGCUGAACGGAUUCCGGUUUCCGCGGCUGCCGCGGGCCAACCGCAAGGAGCUGCUGGAGACGCUGCAGGACGGGACGCUGGUGGACGGGGAGCUGGUGGUGCAGACGAACCCGGCCACGCGGCUGCGGGAGCUGCGGUACCUGAUGUUCGACUGUCUGGCGAUCAAUGGGCGGGCGCUGGUGCAGUCGCCCACGAGCUCGCGGCUGGCGCACCUGGGCAAGGAGUUCUACAAGCCGUACUACGACCUGCGCGCAUACUAUCCCGACCGCUGCGCGACGUUCCCAUUCAAGCUGUCGAUGAAGCACAUGAACUUCAGCUUUGACUUGGACCGCGUCGCCGGAUCGCUGGACAAGCUGCCGCACGUGUCAGACGGGCUAAUCUUUACCGCGGUGGACACGCCAUACACGGUCGGCGGGAAGGACUCAACGUUGCUGAAAUGGAAGCCGGAGCAGGAGAACACCGUCGACUUCAAGAUGAUCCUUGAGAUCCCCGUGGUCGAGGACGACACGUUGCCGAAGAAAGACCGCAACCGUUUUUACUAUAACUUCGACGUGAAGCCGUCAUUCCACCUAUACAUUUGGCAGGGUGGGCCGGACGUCAACACACGUCUCCAUGAUUUUGAGCAGCCGUUCUCGAAGAAGGAGCUAGAAAUACUGCAUAGAACAUACAAGGUUUUCGCCGAGUUGCAGAUCAGUGACGAGCAGUGGGCCAAGAUGAAGGCAUUGGAGCAGCCGCUCAACGGACGCAUUGUUGAGUGUGCGAAGGACCAGGAGACGGGCGAGUGGAAAUUCCUGCGUUUCCGCGACGACAAGCUGAACGGUAACCAUGUCUCCGUCGUGCAGAAGGUGCUAGAAAGCAUCAGCGACUCCGUGAAGCUAGAGGAUCUAGAGCAUAUGAUUCCGCGUAUAAAGGCUAGGUGGGAAGAACGCAAAUCGAAAAAGAGAACACAUUCAUCUAUUUCCGGGCCGAUGCUGCCGCCUGUCGCCGAGACGAAAGCUCCGCGCGAGGCGACACAAUCGCGGUACAUCGACGACGAAGAUUGGUCUGACGAGGCUGAUGAUGACGAUGAGGACAGCCUCAAGAGGGCCAGAAUUGAAUAG